GACUUUUUGUGUGAUAGUGCUAGUAUUUAACAUUAAAUUAUUUAAUUUGUGACAGUAAGAUCUUGUUUCAAAUACAAAACUACAACAAAUAUCUUUGUUAUAGUGAAAUUAACUUGCUUAGAGUGUUAAUAGUUUGCAUUUUCAUUUUAAUUUUAACUAAUGAAAUGUUUGUAAACAUCCAUAAAGGUUAUAGGCUAUUAAUUGAGUCUUAUGUCUAUUUUAAGUGAUUUUUCAGUUGUGAAAUCUAAAUGAAGAGUUAAUUUUCCCCAAGAAACUACAGUGAUUGUAAUUUUUUAUGAAAUAUUCACAAAAUGAUGUCUAAAACUGAGUUAAGUGCCAGUUGAUUGGCCUAUCUUCCAAUGGGACUAUAGAAGAACAGAUUCAUUUCUGCCUUCAUCAGAACUUUUAGCCUCAACUUAUGUAGCAUUAGAUAUUAUAUUUCAAUUGUGAAGAUGUUUCUUACGUAUAGGCUUUAUUUCUGGCUUAUUCUGAACUCGAUAUUAUUACAAUUAUGCUCUGCAUAUCUCUUGGUUUUGAAUGCUAAAGAUUCCCCUGGCCUAGUCAUUUUUGAUGCUGGAAUCAUAACAAAGCCUGGACAACAACCUAGAAGAUAUGUUAUGAAUUUUCAUCGCAGUGCCUCCUUUGUGAAACACUUUUUACACGUGGAUCACUACACAGGAAGUGUUGUUUUAAAACGUUGGUUGGAAUGUGAUGGCGUGAAAUAUCCUCAUAUUUUUACGGUUUAUAUCGAUUCUCUAUCAAAUAGCACCCUGAAUUAUAUCUCAUUUCCUCUACGAAUUAUUAUUCAAAACUGUGAGGAUAAUGAGUUUGGAGAAAAUGUUGAUGAAACAACACAGAUGCGGGUGGCUGAAGCCAAAAGAUGGCCGAGUGAAACGAUUGCUUCAUUUGCCAUUCUUGGUGGGAGGGAGGAGAUAGAGCUGUUUCCGCGGACGGUGCGUGAGGUGUGUGUGAGACAGAGUCAGCUGAUCACCAAUGUCGCAGACUUGCUACUGCCGCUGACAGUGACUCGGAGCUGCAAGGUCAGCUUUAGACAGCCUGACGACCCUAGGUUCCUCGUAGAGUCUCACGGAGGUGACCUUGUGGCUGCCGAGGACUUUUGUAUCCCCAUCGACCCUCCAUGGACUGUUCAGCUCACCAUAGAGUUUGUUUGUGAAAAGACACCUGCACUCCUAUCACCUGCUAGCCAUACCAUCAAGAUUCACUUCAUACACAGGAAAGAGACAGACAGUUCUAGAGUACGCAGAGAUCUUCAAAACAAGACGCCAGUGUUUGAAAAGGUGCUGUACACGGCUACAGUGGCUGAGGAACAACCUGCUGGUCUGUCUGUGUGUUCAGUCGCUGCUCGGGACCCAUCAGGAGGAGCUUUGACUUACACCAUGGUAUCGUUAUUGGACGCCAGAUCACAAGGAAUGUUCACCAUAGACUCUAAGUCUGGACUUGUAUCCACUCUCACUAGCCUGGACAGAGAGUUGAUGGACAUGCACUAUUUCCGUGUAACGGCAUCAGACAAGUCAUUCCCAGCACACAGUGCGACCACUACGCUGCAAGUGCAUGUUCAGGACACCAACGACCACGCGCCGGUGUUUGAGGCAGAGACGGGAGAGUACACAGCCACUGUGCGAGAGAGUGUACCGGUUGGCUCUACAGUCACAACAGUAAGGGCUACAGACAAGGAUAUGGGCCAUAAUGCAGAGUUGGAGUAUGCUAUAGCCUCUAUCAAUGGAGGUGGCUUGGACAACGCCAGUGGCACAUUCUCCAUAGACAGCCAUUCUGGUGUGUUAACCACUCGUCUGCAGUUAGACAGAGAGCGAACAGAGGUGUACACGUUAGUAGUGACUGCUACAGACCAAGCGCUGCCAGUGAGUGAUCGCAAGUCAUCCAGUGUGACUGUGGUGAUCAGAGUACAGGAUGACAAUGACAACUACCCACAGUUCUCUGAGAGGACCUACUCAGUGUCCGUACCUGAGGAUACUCCUUGGACGCAGAGUCCCGUCAUAGCCACAGUCAAAGCGACAGACGCAGAUGAGGGACAGAAUGCUGCCAUCCGUUACGCCAUCAUCGGAGGCAAUACUCAAGGCCAGUUCUCCAUAGACAGUCAGUCAGGGGAGGUGAGCCUCAUGAAGCCUCUGGACUACGAGGCCAAUCGGAGUUUCCGCAUCAACAUUCGAGCUCAAGACGGAGGCAGUCCAGGCAAGUCCAACACCACUUUACUCCUGGUCAAUGUGAAGGAUGUCAACGACAAUGCUCCUCGCUUCUACACAUCCCUCUUUCAAGAAGCUGUUUCCGAGAGUGUCCCUGUCGGCUACAGCAUUGUGCGGGUACAAGCGUAUGACGCAGACGAAGGCCAGAAUGCAGAGUUGACGUACAGUGUGAGUGGUCGUGACUGGGAGGGGGUCAGCACCAGCGACUUGCCUAUCACUGUGGACAACAAGACUGGCUGGAUACACACUACACGAGCCCUGGACAGGGAGACACACGCCAAGUUUCAGUUGCAGGUAUUAGCAACAGAUGGAGGAUCGCCAUCCAAAACUGCAACAGCCAGUGUGGUGAUCACGGUGCAAGAUGUGAACGAUAAUGACCCGGUGUUCAGCCCCAAACAGUACGAGGCUGUAGUAGCAGAAGACAACCCUCCUGGCACUCCUGUCACCAGUGUCACGGCUACUGACACUGAUGAGAACCCCAGAUUGCAUUAUGAGAUCACCGGAGGCAAUGUUAGAGGAAGAUUUUCUCUGACAACUCAGAAUGGCCGAGGACUGAUCACCGUUGCUCAACCUCUAGACUACAAGCAGGAGAAACGAUUCAUUCUUACUGUGCGUGCGACUGACUCUGGAGGCAGGUUUGACACGGCUACAGUCUAUGUGAAUGUGUCUGAUGCAAACAACUUUGCCCCGGUGUUUGACAACGCUCCCUACACAGCCUCGGUGUUUGAGGACGCUCCUGUCGGGUCUACUGUUCUUAUUGUAGCUGCUUCGGACGGAGAUGUAGGACAGAAUGCUCAGAUCACCUACCUGCUGUCGAGUACGGGAGAUAAUACAGACUUCACCAUCAACUCCCAGACAGGAGCCAUCACAACAACCAAGGCACUCGACCGAGAGACGCAGAGCGGCUACUUGCUGACCGUGACGGCCCGAGACAACGGUAAUCCUCCCUUGAGUGAUUCUACCGAUGUGGAAAUAUCUGUUGCUGAUGUCAACGACAACGUGCCCAAGUUCCUCAAGCCUGCGUAUAGCGGCAGUGUGUCAGAGGACGCUUUGGUCGGAACGAGUGUCUUGCAGGUGACUGCAGUGGACGACGACACAGGAUUGAAUGGGCGAGUACGAUAUGCACUGGGAGGAUCCGGCAGUGUGGAGGCAUUUGUAAUCGAUCCAAUCAGUGGAGUCAUCCGCACAGCUAAGACACUGGACAGAGAAAGCAUUGCACAGUACGAGCUAGAGGUGCUGGCUAUAGACCGGGGCACUCCCCAGCUGUCAGGCUCUGUGAUGGUGACUAUUCGUCUGGAGGAUGUCAAUGACUCUCCGCCAGCUUUUGAGAGUGACAAGCUGACAUUAUACAUUGCAGAGAACUCUCCUGUCGGCUCCACUGUGGGCGAACUCUACGCCAAGGAUCCUGACGAGGGACAGAAUGCUUUUGUCCAGUAUUCCAUCAUUGGUGGAGAGGACUCUGACAGCUUCUCGCUGGUGCGACGACCAGGCUCCGACAAGGCUGAACUCCUCACAAUGGUAGAACUGGACUACGAAAGUCCUCGGAAACGGUUUGUACUGGUAGUCAGAGCAGCUUCACCACCACUCCGGAGUGAUGUCAAUGUUGAAAUACUAGUAACUGACGUCAAUGACAACGCGCCUCGACUCAAGGACUUUCAGAUAAUCUUUAACAAUUUCCGAGAUUGUUUCCCCGCUGGUCCCUUUGGGAGGAUUCCUGCUGUAGAUGACGACGUUUCCGACAAGCUGUUGUAUCGCAUCUUGUCAGGCAACAACGCCAACCUAGUGUCACUGAAUGACUCCACGGGACAACUGAGUCUCUCGCCCCAACUCAACACUAAUGUACCCAAACUGGCCAGCAUGGAGGUGUCUGUCUCAGAUGGUGUAAAUGAAGUGAAGGCAAUGAUGCAGCUCUCUGUGAGAUUGGUAACAGAUGAGAUGUUGUUCAGUUCAGUCACUGUGAGGUUGGCGGACAUGACUGAACAAGCAUUUCUGUCUCCUCUGCUCGGCUUCUUUCUGGAAGGAUUGGCUGCUAUCAUACCAUGCCCCAAAGAAAACGUCUUUAUAUUCAGUGUGCAGGAUGACACUGAUGUGAACGCUCGUAUCCUCAAUGUGAGCUUCUCAGCCAAGCAGCCUGAUGGUCAGUUCUAUUCUCCACAGUUUCUGCAGGAAAGAGUUUACCUCAACAGAGCUGUCCUUGCAAGGAUUGCCACUGUACAGGUUCUCCCUUUUGACGAUAACCUGUGUGUACGUGAACCCUGCCUCAACUUUGAGAACUGCUUGACUGUACUCAAGUUUGGCAAUGCGUCCGGUUUCAUCAGUAGCGACUCUGUACUGUUUCGUCCCAUAUAUCCAGUUACUACGUUUGCCUGCCAAUGUCCAGCUGGUUUUACAGGAAGCAGAGAGCACUAUUUGUGUGAUACAGAAGUCAACCUGUGCUACUCCAACCCUUGCCAGAACCACGGCACAUGCAGACGCAAAGAGGGUGGCUACACUUGCGUCUGUGUCUCAGGUUUCACUGGGAUCAACUGUGAGAUAGACCUGUCAUUAGACACUUGUCACCCCGGCAUCUGCCACUCAGGCUCCACCUGCUCUCCGCUGGUCAAGGGAGGGUUUGUCUGUGAUGACUGCGCUCCUAGUGGCACGUUCGAACACUACGAUCGUCUCUGUCAGCUGAGAGGAAGGGGUUUUCCCAGAGAAUCCUUUCUGACUUUUCCCGCUCUCCGACAACGCCACCGACUACACAUUGCACUGAAGUUUGCCACCCUGGAGGACAGUGGGCUUCUGCUGUACAACGGAAGGUACAAUGAGCGUCAUGACUUCAUCGCUCUAGAGGUAACAGAUGAGGGGCGAGGGGUGAUGUUCUCCUUCUCCCUGGGGUCAGACGUGACGAGGGUCGUGGCCAGAGCUAAGACUGCAGUCAACGACGGCCAUUGGCACACGGUCACUGUCGACUACUUCAACAAGAGUGCCACGGUGAGUCUGGAUGAUUGUGACACAACUUUGACCAUCGGACACGGAGAGCAACUUGGUCUGGCGUGCGCCAACUCGUCCACUCAAAUGCUGGAAAGCAGAUGUGCUGUUCUGACUGAGACCUGCCACAGGUUCCUUGAUCUGACAGGUCCGCUGCAGAUAGGGGGUCUGCCUGCUCUUCCUGCGUCCACUACAUUCCAGGUGUCCAGCAAAGAUUUCAUAGGCUGUAUUGCUGACAUUCACAUAGACCAUACUCUGUUGGACCUCAACAGCUAUGUGGCGGACAACGGCACUGUGGUGGGUUGUCCUCAGAGACAGACAUUCUGUGCCUCACACCCUUGCCACAACGGAGGCACUUGCUCAGACGAAUGGAAUACCUUCCACUGUCAGUGUGCCGAGGGGUGGAGCGGCAAGGACUGCAGCAUGGGUAUCCGGCCGGCGUGGCAGUUCCACGGAGACAGCAUGUUGUCAUUCAACCCUCUACUGCGACCAAUACAGCUGCCGUGGCUCACAGCAUUGUCUGUACGCACUCUACAACCCAGCGGACUCCUGAUCAACACACAGAUCGGACAGAACAGCUCGGCAAUACUCUUGGUGGAGGAUGGACACCUGGUGUAUCAGCUGGAUGACGCCAGGGUGACACUGAGAGCUGUGCCAGUAGCAGACGGAGUUUGGCACCGUGUGGAGGUGUUGUGGUCAGUGUCUGGUGUAACACUAUCACUAGACUACGGACUACGCUCAGUCACUCGCAGUCUCAAUGUCAAACUGCAGGGCCUGUAUGUAGGCAAGAUUAUCAUCGGAGGCAGUGAGGACCAGGCUGAGAAAAACACGGGGUUUACUGGAUGUAUACAGGAUGUCCGAGUGGGGACAAGCCACUCUCUGCUAGAGCGAGCCACAGUGAAGGUGAGAGUGACCGACGGCUGCAACGCUGAUGACUCCUGUGUGGACAACUCCUGUCCUCCCAACAGCCACUGUGCCACUCACUGGCAGACCUAUCACUGUCAUUGUCACUCAGGAUUUGUGGGGCCGCAGUGUGUGAACGUUUGUCAGUUGAACCCUUGUCUCAACGAAGGCACCUGUGUUCAGAACAAGGCCUCACUCAAAGGCUACUCUUGCCAUUGCAACUCUACACUCUACUCAGGAGAGUAUUGUGAGACAGUGGUUGACCAGAGUUGUCCUGUCAGUUGGUGGGGACAUCCUGUGUGUGGACCUUGCAACUGUCCUACACACCUGGGCUACAGCCCUGACUGUAACAAGACUACAGGCCAGUGCAGUUGUAAGGAGAACCACUACCAGCCUGAAGACUCAGAAGAGUGUCUGCCGUGCAACUGUUACGCGACAGGAUCGUAUGAUGCAACAUGCGACCCUGUGACAGGCCAGUGCAACUGUCGUAACGGAGUCAUCGGCCGGGCUUGUGAUGCUUGUCCCAACCCUUAUGCUGAAGUCACUCUUAGAGGCUGUGAAGUGGUGUACGACGGGUGUCCACGCAGUUUUGCCCAUGUGUGGUGGCCGAGGACACAGUUUGGCAAGGAGGCAGUGGAAUCUUGUCCAUCAGCAUCACAAGGAAGAGCCUCACGUCUGUGUGACUCUGUGACGGGUACUUGGCUGGCUCCCGACAUAUUCAACUGCACCUCUGAUGCCUUCAUGGACCUCCGGAAACUGCUGAAUCAGCUAGAAACAGGUGACGUGAGCGUGACAACAUUUGUGGCGGUUGGCACUGGUGGUUCGCUCAGCAGGGCUACCAACAACACCAAGCGACUGUACGGAGCCGAUGUCUUGAUAACAGAACAGCUGAUUGAGAGACUCAUCGCACACGAGGCUCUACAGUCUGGACUCAACCUGACCCAUAGCCAGGACAAGGACUAUGUCACUAACCUGGUGAACGCAGCCAGUGCUGUGUUGAGUCCUGAGACUGCAGACAUGUGGGGUCGAGUGCACGAGCUGACCUCAGAGACAGCGGCUGACCUCAUGACCUCAGUGCAGAGUUACCUCGACGUUCUGGCCCUCAGCCAACACGACACUUACACCGACCCCUUCGAGACUGUGGCUCCCAACCUAGUGGUAGGACUAGACACCGUGACACAUGAGAGCUUGUACGGCUAUGAGACUGAUGGCUUGUCUAGAGACACAGCUCCUGGCACAUCAGGACUAGAGACUGAGAAGGUUGUGCUGCCAGACACCUCCCACAUACUCCAGCCUCCUAUACAGUUUGCGGCUCUGACUGCCAAGAAGCCAUCAGUCAGUCCGAUGGUUAUGGUGCCCAAGUACAACAACUACUUACAGAAUCCCCAUAAGUUUGACCCUCACAGCCACGUACUGAUACCCAUCGACCUGCUGGGGAUUAGACCACCACAAAAAGUACGACGGAUGAAAAAUCGAGGGGAGACAAGUGUGAAGUGGAUGCCGAGCAGAGCCGCUGUUGUUGGAUAUGCUGAAUACAGAACUCUGGGCUCGGUGCUGCCACUCACAUACGACCAGACAGUGUUGACUAGGUGGGGAGUGGACCUGGCCCUGGCAGCGCCUAUAGUAACUAUCACUGCUACACCUGCAGUACAAGAUAUGUCGGAGACGUCUCCCCGCAGUUUGUCUGAGAUGGUGCCUCUGCCCUCGCCAAUCAGACUGAGACUGUGGCUACAAGCCCCUGGCAGAGCAGCGGCCAGGGCCAACCCCCAGUGUGUGCGUUGGUCUACUGCUAGAGGGUUUGGAGAGUGGAGCAGAGCUGGUUGCCACACAGAACUACCGGAGGGUGGUUGGGGUAGAGAUGAGCCUGCACUAGUCAACUGUACUUGUCACCAACUCGGCACCUUCACUGUCAUACAAGAUGUGCUGGGUCCUGAGUAUGUGGGAGAAGUGUCUGCCACUGAGAGUCUUGCUACCUGGGUUGGAUUCUGUCUAUCUCUGUGGGCUCUCACCAUGGCCACCUUGAUUCUGGGACUGCUACGAGCAAAGACAAACUCCAGUGCCAUCUACACCAACCAAGCCUUUUGUCUACUUGUCGCAGAGGCGUUGUAUCUUGUUGCACUCAAGGCUCGAGCUUCACUUGUCACUCAUGAGGUGAGCUGCAAGCUCAUAGCCAUGGGGCUGCACUAUGUAUGGCUAGCUGCGCUGUGCUGGUGGCUGGUUGGCUCAAUACAUCUGUAUCGCAUGUUGACUGAGAUAAGAGAUGUCAACCAUGGUCCCAUGAGAGUGUACUACUGCAUUGGUUACUCUCUGCCUGCAGUAGUGGUCGGCCUGGCUGUCGGAGUGAGGGCCGACCAGUACGGUAACAUUGCCUUCUGCUGGUUGUCCCUGUAUGAGUCAGUGAUCUGGAGCCUGCUGGGACCAGGCACAGUAGUAGUGUUUGUCAACCUGGCUGUCCUCAUAUUGUCGCUUAGAGCUGCCUUUACGCUCAAAGAUCACGUCGCUGGAUACGGGAACCUCAGGACGUUGCUGUGGCUGAGUGUAGUGUCACUGCCGCUGGUAGCUGCUGUCUGGUUGUUGUGUCUAGUCUCAGCAAGUGAACAUCAUCCUCUACUCACCUACGCCAUGGCAGUGGUGUUGCCUGUUCAAGCCUGGUUCUUGCUGGGUGGAUACUGCCUUGGCAAUGCCAGGGUGCGAGCUGGGCUGCGUCGUGCCUUCCUGCAGAUGUUGGGACGCAAAGUGCCUCCUCUGCCUGAUGAUGACCCUCCACGACCCAGCUCAAGCCAAACUUCUCAUCCGAGGUCGGCCUUGGCUUAUCGCAACACAGGAGUGAGUGCUACACCGGGCAUCCCUGGGUUUGAGGCUGCGAGGCGUCACCUUGGGAUCUCUACUUCUAGUACAACAUCCCGCUCUACUACCAAGACUGGUAGCAGCCCUUACAGAAGUGACACACAGCUUAGACACACGUCUACCAGCACCAGCAACUACGACCAGUCAGCAUCUGACGUAGGGCCACCCUUCACACGACGCGCCACGGUCACUCAGCACACUUCUGACUCUGAAUCUGAGGCCUCUCUGGAUGGCCGCAGUCUGGAGCUGGCGUCUAGUCACAGUUCUGACGAGGAUGAGUCCGGACAACACCAGCGCAAGAGGACUGCUAGGUCUCCCCCCUCCCCCUCUCCACCAUUCCCUCCUACCAACAUUCCUCUGAGUCCCUCUCUACAGGUACAGCCUCCACCUCAUCUCAAUGUCAUCGCCAACUCUGAACUUUUCCAGCCCAUCUAUGCUCCUCGAUGGGCCCCGCAGCCUUUAGUUGCAGAGCAUAUGGCUGUGGAGGAAGGUUACAUUCCCCACAGAUGGACCAACAUGUCAGCCUCUGACAAUGAAGGUCCGAGGGAACACAAGCUGCUCAACAGCUACUACACUCCGCCUGGCAGUGAGACCGAGGAUAAGGCUGUUACUGACAAGUACCUCUUUCCCUACACUGCCGAGGAGGACCAUGAGCGGGUGUACCCCAGUCUAGGUAUGGUGAGGCCACACCCAGGUUAUAUACCUGACCACAGGCCUUCUACUGCGUCUCCGAGCCCUCUCAUGAUGCAUCACGACUUCCAAUGUCCUGACAUUUCAGAAAAUGAGAGGGAUACUAGUGAAACAAAAGUUUGACACCCAUCAUCACAAAUAUUCUACCAGACUAUUGUACAUUGCAUCCAUUCUUCCUUCCUCUUCAGCUCACCACGGUCACACUUAGCUUGUAUAUCAAUGUUGUAAAAUUUAAUAUGAGGCACAAUCAUAACCACUGUCUUAAGGUUAUUGUGAAUUGUGAGUAUAAAGUAUUUUAUAUAAGCCAUUAAUCAUUAUACUCUUAGCAUUAAAGAAGAGUUGCAAAAAGUAUGAGUUAAACUUUUGUGCCAUAGUUUAAUAUUUAGAUUUAUUGAAAGUGUUAUUCAUAAAAAAUCAAGGAGUGUUGGUAUUUUUUUAAUCAGUAAUUUAUUUAAAAAUAUUGAUUUAUCCUGAUAGUGUUUCAAAACUGUAAUACGAACGUUGUUUGUAAAUGUAAAUGCUAUGAUUAAUAUUAUUGUACGGUUUAGCCUAUAUUUCGCAAUAGUUGACACUCUUAUUUUUUUCUUCAUGACUCCAAAUUGAACUGGUUUCGGAGUAUAUAUAUUAUUAUUAUUGUAUUAUUUUGUACAUAAGACAAAUAUUUGUAGUUUGAUUUAACUACCCUCACUUUGUAAAUACUUUUUAUGUUAUUUACAUUUUGUUAAUGUAAUGUGUGAUUAGCUUUAAAACUGUGUUUAGUAUUUGUUUAGUGAAAAGAGUAAAGAUUUAGAUUAUUAGAGAAAAUCUAACAAGCCUUAGGUAAAAAGUGUUUAGGCCACAUUGGUAAGUUUAUGCAACUAAGAAGUGUAGUCUAGGUUUCCUAUGUACCGAAAUACUUUUGAGUAACUAAUAAGAGGCACAAAUUUUGUUCAAUGAGGAUUAGAAAGAAUUGAGGCCUGACACAUAUUGUUUUUAUAAACUUUUGUGCGAUAUAUAGUUGCACAAGACACUCAUUUAAUAAACCAAUGUUUAAGAUACUUUAUUUAAAAACUGGUUGCAGUUUGGAUUGUUACAAAAACAAAUAUAUCUAGUGGUAAUAUCUGCCAGUACCUAUUAGAAUGCACAAAAUGAUUAGAACUCUUUGGUAGUAGGAAACCAAGAUUUAAUAUAAUGACAAUAUCAUUUGUCUUUUAAGUAAUUGUGAUAGAGAUUCUAAAUUUUAUACUCGGUGUUUAAGAUAAAGUUUUUAAAGUUUAGGCAAUCAAUGUUUUUUUAUAAUUUCUGCCAAAACUAUUUUUGGAAACAUUUAGUCACAAAAUUUAGCAUCGAUGGUUGUUCUAAGUUGUCAGUAUUAAAAUGAUAAUCAAACAUUCCAGAAAAUGUACUUAAUAUAAUCUAAAUGUGUUAUAUUUAUACUGAGAUAUUUAUAUUAGUGAUUUAGAUUUUUAUAUUCUAAUAAUAAAUUUAUCACAAAACAAUUCAUUUGUAUAAGACAGUAUUAGUGUAAAUCUUUAUGGUAGAUUAGUCUUUAUUUCUUAAAUCACUAGACUCUGUAAUGGAGGGGCUUUAAAUUUAGUUGGGUUGAACAAAUACUUCAACAUGAUAUAAAAUCUGGUCCAAUUGCAUUUUUUUACACUUUUUCAUUUCUUAGGGGGAAGGACAGAUAACUGAAGGAGAUAACAAAUUAGAAGGAUUGGAAUAUCAAACCGAAUUACAUAAUUAAAUCCUCUCCCUACUACGAAUUGAGUAGUAAUUAUUACAACGAAUGACAAAGACUUGAACUAGCAUAAAAUAAUUUGGAAAUUUGUGUAAAUACCUGCUUCGUGGCAAUCCUGAGUGUUGCUAGUGUUGCAACUAGUUUCAACUUUCUACUUAGUCAUCUUCAGACAUACAGGAUGUCAUAAGAAGGUCGUCAUUACACACACUGUACAUAAACACACGAACACGGACAUUGAAAUGGUAAAAACGGUACAUUUAAAACCAACAAAAACGAUAACUGCAGUGUGGGAAUGAUGUGUCACGACCCGAUGGAUGCAAAGUCUAGACAUUACACUACACCAUCCGGUUGUGACACAUCAUCUACACCUUCUUAUGAAGUGAUCACCUUUUUUGACAUCCUUGACACCUGAAAAUGACGUAGUAGAAAGUUGAAACUAGUUGCGACACUGGCAACAAUCAUGAUUACCACGAAGCAGGUAUUUAUACAAAUUUCAUAUAUUCAACGUAAUCUGGAGGCUAGAUCAAAGUUCAAAAAUGAAAAUAAUUUUGAUUUAGACCAAUGCAUUAUACAGUACCUUAUUAUUGGGACAAACAUUUUUAUACUUGAAUCAACAUUUUAAAACACUACCCAGUUUAAAGCUUCUCCAUUUUGCCAAAGUACUGUAAUGUGCCUCAGUUCAGUAGGCCUUACCUAGGCUAGGAGUGGACAAAAUUGACAAUUUUUUUUUAGCUAAUUAAAGUCUGUCUCAUUACUCUUCUUAAAAUACCAUACUCAUCAUAGAAAGUGAAAGAAUCAAAACUGUAAUCAUUGUAAAUGGUAAAAAAAAACCUUUGAAAUGUGUCAUUUUACCUAAAAUAUGACUAUGUACAAUUAACUUUUAAUCCAUCCCAUUACUAUACCGGUGUUACAACGAA